UUGAAUUUUGUAGAGUGAAGUCUCAUAAAUUCUAUUUCAAAAAUGUUGUACGGAAAAUUUUCUUUUGUGAUCCUUUUGCUUGGUGCCUUUUUGGCAGUUAAUGCACAAAAUGAAGAAUGUGGUCCAAAUGAAGAAUACACAUGGUGUGGAUCAGCUUGUCCAGAAACUUGCAACAGUGACCCAAUGCGUAUGUGUACCAUGCAGUGUGUCAUCGGAUGUGUUUGUAAAGAUGGCUUUGUAAAGGGAAACGAUGGAAAGUGCAUACCAAAAUCGAGUUGUUAGGUAUCAUAUCAGCUGGAUACCAACUUAACGUCUACACUGGCUAAACUUUUUUAAGCACGAAUGCAAAAAUUUGUAUAUUUUAGUGAAAAACUGGAAGAAAACUCAGCGUAGAUGUAAAGAAAUAAAAUAUUAACAUUAAAGAAAAACUUCUAUUUAUAUUUUGAAGUAAAAUACAUAAUAAAAAUAUUA